UCUGUUUUGCUCUCACUCGAAUUGCAUUUCCGUCUCAUUUUUGUCUCAAUCUACGUAGCUCUGGUUCACUGACAAUGAAAACAACGGAAGAAAAACUUUUAGAAUUGGGAAAAUGGGCAGUUUUAAGUGGUCAACUGGCAGGUUAUCUUCCGCUAAGCGUGAACAACAACAUUGCCCACGGCCGUUUUCUCCACUUUCGAGCAUUGCACAUUUCCUCCAUUUACGCCCUCGUCAUGUUCAUCAUUAUAACAAUCUGGUUAAUUGUCUUUCUAUAUAAUUUUCCGACAACAUUGGUCAUGCAAAGUCGUGCUCUGAAAUCCCAAUUCCUAGGGAUCACUUUUUGCUUCUCCUCCUUGCUCUCUGGAGUCACGGUGUUCUUGCUGAAGUCGUUGGGAAUUAUUCAAAUACCAACCUUUGCUACAUUUUGGCACAAGACGGUACAGGCAAUGGAAAAACUGGAGAGUAUUGAUUCGAGAACGUUAGUUAACAUUGAAUCCAAAGAAUUUCGCAACAUUUUGCAUGAUACAAAGUUCAGAUUCACGGGAUAUUGCGCUCUCAUUAUGAUCCAGUUGGCAGUCUUUGAUUUUAGGGAAACAUUUACAACGCUAAUGACAAAAGGCAGUCAGAUCCCGGUAUUCAAUUUAACUGCCCUGGUGUUCACAUUGUUCCAAAUCUAUUUGACUUUCACCCAUCACGGACACCCAAUUUUGCUUGUCUUCUUCAUAAAACUAUGCAAGACCUGCAUAACUGUUCUUGCGGAAAAACUUGACCGACUUAAUUUUCGAAGCAGCUCCAACAAUAAGUCCGCCAUGAGCAGGAGAGAGUCUGACAAGAAGCGAAUGAAUAUCAACCAAAUUGGACAAAGUGCAUUUGGAGAUUUGGAAUUUUCCAUUGCAACAACAACUGCAUCAGCUUUUAUGCUGCCAAUUCAGAGAAAUUUAGUCCCCCAAUUAAUGGAGGGUUCCCAAAACUUUUCCUCUGACGGAGUUGUUAAUAUGGACAAAGAAUUGGAACAAAUUGUGCAAGUUAUUUAUGUAACUGAAUGUCAAAUUAGACGGUUUAAUCGCAUGGUAAACUGGAGAAUCAGCAUUGAAUUUGCAUAUCAAAUAUUUUUCUUGGUUGUCAAACUGAGUUCAUGGAUUUGGAUACUUUGGAAUGGAAAGCAUGGUUUUUUGGUAAUAAUUGAACCAGUAAUUCCGAUAUUUUUGAGCAUUUCUGCAAUGUGGUGCAUUUGCUCGGAUUCUGAAGACCUUUGCGAAGGCGUCAAUCAACUGGGUGUUUUACUGGAGAAAGUGCCGCUGCAAGGAGUUGGAUGGGAAAUGCAACAGAAAGUUACAGCGGUGUUAUCUCGACUACAGAGCAAUCAAAUUAGCAUAAGAACCAUCUUUUUCGAGGUCAACUUUAAAAUUUUAACUUGGAUUUCUGCAUGGAUUCUUCUAAUUCUGUUUAUCAUACUCACAUAAAGGGACCUCAUCUCGCACUUCAUGCCGUCUGCCCAGCUAGGAGAUACAUUUUUUUAGGAUGGUCACAUCUAAGUCAAUUAUUUAAAUAGUAUAAUUUUUAAAAAAACAUUCUGCUGGAAAUGAAUGUGUUGCACUGCACAUGUGAACUACUUAUGUCGUAAUCAAUUAAUUCAUUUUAUGAUCACACUAAAAUAUGUUUAUCUACAUUAGUUGUUAGUGAACACUAGAAAUCGUUCAGUAAAUGAUAAUAUUUUGAUGCUCAUAACAAUGAGUUGAUGUGUUUUCCUUGCAAAUAUUUGCUCUCUGGGCAUGUCGUCACAGAAGCCUUUUUCAGGACGACCUGUCAUUUUGAGUAUAAAAACUUAUCAGCCAUACUAAAGUCCGUAAUGUGUCAGCAAAUGUAAAGAAAGGAGUGAACAAGAAAUGUCCAUCAAAAAAGUUAUUAGCAAAGCAUGCAAUAUGAUUGCUAGAUAAAAAUAAAAGAUAGGAUUAUUGGUUGUGGUUAGAAUUAGGAGUUUUGCAUUUCUUUACUGCGGUACAAUGUAUUAAAUAGAUACGAGUUUGAAAUUUGAAGUUAUUAUUUGAAAUGUACUCGUUUUCGUUGUUCCAAAGAAAUUAUCCCCAAAACUUGAAUAAAGUUGCCAAUAUCGAAAUCUGCAACAUACCUCCAGAAAUAGAACACGAACUGAUCAAUAUUGGACAAUGGGCUAUUGAAAUUGUGAAGGGAACGGGAUACUUUCCAUUCUACAUUGCUAAGGACGCUAGUUCCAGACAAUCCAGAAGUGGCGCACCUAUCCAAAUUUUGAAAAAAGUUCAACUUCAAAAACUCAGUAGAGUUUCACUCUUCUUCGGAAUUCUGCAUCUACUUGGAGCAUUUUUUGUACUGUAUGGAUUUUGGAUUGCUUAUAAAACUACUGCAUCGGUCCAUUCCAGCCUUGACACAUCCAGUGCCAAGAACUCCUUUUCUGAUGAGGCAGACAAUUUCAUCAUGACUUUCAAUACGAUGGCCAUGCUAAUCGUGUGUGCUCUUAUCCGAACCAUUUACGUAAUUUCAUCAGCAAAAACUCUGAAAUUUUGGAAGCAGCACAUUUAUAUAUUGAAGGGAUUUUAUGAUUUAGAUAUUUUAUGUGGAAAUGCACACUUUGACAGAGCUAAGUCCAAAGUGAGGCGAUUUUUGGCAGGCUUCAUGUGCAUUACAAUUUUGCAAACUGCAGUUAUGUUUGCAUAUGUGCAACACAUGUAUCAGAAUAAGAACAAUUAUGGCAGAUGGAAACAUGUGUAUGACGACCAGUACCCACUGCUUGCAGGGGGCAUCAGCAUAUGCAUUGUCCUCUUCAUUCAUAUGCACGUGGGAUUUUUUAUUUGGUUCGGAUUCCUCAUCCAAAUCUACACCACUUGCUUCUCUGCCAUUGGAGAUGCCAUCAUUGCGGAAAUUGCCAACAAUGAUAACACAAUGGGGACAGAAAUGUGGGAAGAGAGCAGACGGAUUUCAUGGAAAGAUGCGGUUUGGAAUAGUGCGAAGCUGUCAAAUAGUGGAAAUCAUAAUCACCAUAAAUCAGUGUGCGCAUCAAGGAAUGGAGCAGGGGAAAGGUUACAAAAGCUUUUGCUUUUGUUUGAAGAAGUUUGUCAACUCACGGAAGAUUUUAACCAAUUUUAUGCUCUUCCAUUGACAAUUGACGCCUUUAUUUGCAUAACAAACUUCUUUGCUAGCGUUUAUGCCAUAAAUAAGAUGAUGUACGAGUACGGGAUGAUGUAUGACUCUGGUGGCUAUAGUGGGUCUCACCACCUGUGGGACAAAAUUGUCGAGCUAUUGUACCGAAUCCCCUCCCACUGGGCGAUUGCUUGCAGAGUGGUUUAUCUGGGCCUGUCAGGAAAUAGUCUGACGCAAGAAGCUCUCAAAGUCAUUCAGCUAUUGCAACAAGUGGCACCAAAAUGCAGGUGGAUGUUGCGGAAUUAUGCUCUACAGGGCCAGGUAAAAAUAAGUACAGAUUCAAAUGCUUAUUACAAGAGUAUCUGCCAAAUCUCCUGGGAUUUCACCUGGCAGUUAUUUCACCCUUAAUAAAGCUUUUCUCGUAUCUCUUCUGAGCGUGCUGGCAACAUAUUUCUUCAUUUUGACAGAAUUUCGGGAGAAAAAUGAAGGUUGGAACUCCAUUCGUAAAUUGAAUAUAUCCUGCAAUGCAUAAUUGUGAAUUUUCAAAUAUAUAUCUAAACUAUCUUCAAGAAGUAA